AGUUGAUGUUCAUGUUAAAGACAUGAACCUCUGUGAAGGGGUUAUGCUGUAGUGAAAUGAAAGUCCUGGCUAAUGUUUUUUUUUUUCUUUUUCAGUCAGCUUCCUCUUUUGAAAGAUAGGAACUAAUCUCUUGUCCUGUUUUUCCAUCCACUUUACCCACAAAAUCUGUAGGGGAGAAGAAAAUUUAAGUGAAUUCUAGUUUUCUAGUUUUCUACUGCCGAUUGAAGUGUUUGAGUGUUCAAUGUUUUAUUAAUCAAAUACAGUUGCAGUAAAUAGUGUUCAUCAUGUAACAUGCUUUUUCUGUUUUAUGCCUCUGUCCUCCCAUUUAUUUCGAUAUAGUUUUGCUGCAUCAACUUGCUAAAUGGAGUACAGGAGGAAGCACACAUAUACUAUAUACAGACGUGUGACAAAGUCAAACCCCUGAGUAAAUGAUUGGAGAAACAUAACGCGUUAAUAUGCUUCCAGGGAUGAUACAAUUAAGCACUUAACAUACGCACCAUGCAAUAGGGACGGUAAUGCUUCAUCCACUGGGCAUGAGGGCUCACUGAAUGGUUUGAUGAGGAUGAAAAUCUUAUACUAUGACCCUCACAGUAAGUACAUCUUAACCCAAUUGAUUUUGGGCUGAUACUUUAGUGCUCUCCACCACCAUCAUCAAAACAGCAACUGAGGAAAUAUCGUUUGGAAGAAUGCUGUUCAUCCCUCCAGUGCAGUUCCAGAGACAUGUAGGUGCACUGAAGCUGUCCUGGCGACUGGUGGUUGCCAAAUACUUUAUAUACACUAUAUGGCCUAAAGUUUGUGGGCACCUGACCAUAACAUUCAUAUGUAUUUUUUGAAUGUACCAUUCUAGAUUUAGUCCCCUUGCUUUUGUAAUAACCCCAACUCUGCUGGGAAGCCUUUUCACUAGAUUUUGUAGCAUGGCUGUGGGGAUUUUCCCAUCAAGACCACAAGUGCUUUAGUCAGGCACUGAUGGUGGGUAAGGAGGCCUGGGGAGCAGUCAUUGUCCCAAUUCAUUCCUACAGUGUUCAGUGGGGUUGAGGUCAAGUCUCGAGCUCUUCCACUCCAACCUUGGCAAAUGGACCUUGCUUUGUGCACAGGGGCAUUGUCAUGCUGGAACAUGUUCAUGUUCCAGUGAAGAGAAAUUAUAAUGCUACAGCAUACAAAGAAAUCCUAUACAAAUGUGUGCUUCCAACUUUGUGGCAACAGUUUGGGGAAGACGCACAUAUGGGUGUGAUGGUCAGGUGUCCAGAAACUCUUGGCCAUGUAGUGCAUAUGUUACAUUUAACUGAGCAGCAAAUAUUUCCUGACCUGAUAAGUGAAUGUCAACGCUUAUGCUCCCAGGCCCUUGCAGUGGAAAUGUUAGAUAGAAGUAACAUGGCUUAGCUGAUGUGAGAUCAGGUAACUGUGUGUGGUAAGCACCAAGCUGCCAGUUGACCCCAAAAAUCAGGUAGCAAAAUGACAUGAUUUGGUUAGUUUUUUCUGGUUAUAAAAUGAUCUUAAACAUGGUUUAGUAAUUUGGGACAGCACGGUUCGGUGUAAUUAUUAUGAUAGAAUAAGUGCAGAGAGGAAAGGCAAAGUUUUUGAGAGCAGUUUUGGAGAAUUAUACCGGAAAUGAGUUAGGAGUAAAUAGUAGUCAUACUGAAAGCAGCCACGGAGCGGCGCCCAGCAGCGACCUCAGCACAAAGAGGAAGAGACUGCGCACUUUGACUCCGUCCUUCUGCAAGGAAAGAGAGAGACAGAAAGCACUUCUUUUUCUUAGAAACGGGGUUAAACAUGGGAUUAACCAACAUAUAUGACCAGUUCUAAGUCAGCGGACUGUCUAUCUGAGACCCAGACACGUCGCGGUGAGUGUACAAGCUUGCAAGCGUCUGGCACAUGACGAUCAUUUCUAAUGUAGAUUCUGCGCCGCAGAUGCCACUCGUUAAAAACAACGUUUAAAAUGAACAACUUUAUAGCACUUAUUUAAGUACAGCAGCCAUCAUGACCCAUAACAAAGACAGGCAGGACUACGGCAGCAUCACAGGAGAACACCACUGGGACGUGUGUCCUACCUGCCGGGGCUCAGGACGAAUAUCUAGAAGUGAUGAGGCCCAGCUGGUGGCGGUUAUUCCAUGCAGUGACCAAAGGCUGAAGCCUAGUCGUACGAAGCUGUAUGUGUGUACCUCCAUUACAUUAUGUCUUCUGACCUGUUUCCUGAUCCUGUUCUUCCUCUUCCCUCGGAGCUUGGUCAUGUCUCCUAUAUCUCUCCAGUCCUCCCUUGUCUAUUUCACACCUCAGAAUGUUCAGAUGCUUAUCACAAACAAACUUAACAUCAGCAAUCAAAAUUAUGUUAGCACUGAGGCUCAUGAUCUGGAUCUACAAGUCCUGAUUAAUGAAAUUGUGGUUGGGAGGACCAAGAUCUCAAAUGUGACCACAGUUCCCCCACGCUCACAGAAAACGUUUACUAUUGUGACUAAUGCCACCAUUGAAGACCAAGGCCUGAUUUAUUACUGUCAGACAUCUGCCAUCCGGCCCCACACCUUGUAUGUACAUUUGCAAAUGACUAUAAAAGCCUACUACCUGUCACAUGAGGAGCAGCUGUCUUUGGAUACAUAUGAAUAUAUUGAUUGCGGAAGAAACACUACCAUUCCUCAUACUUUUCCAUGACUUUGCUGACAUACUGUAUAUGAUGAAGAGAAACCAAAGGGAACACUGGUAGCAAGUGCCAAAGCUGAUCUUAAAAGCAAACAGUUGGAAUCUAUCUAUUAAUUGUUAAAUAUAAUCACAGAGUAGCUUACAUGUACUUUUAAAUAUAUUUUAUGGUAAGUGUAGUAUUUUUUUUGCUGCCGAUGGCUUGAUUGAUUAAUUAAUUGAUUACAUUUAAUCAGUGGACCAUCUGCAGUGUGAAAGUGCCUGUGCCCUACUGCAAAUAUCUACAAAUUUUCUUAUAGUUAAGAUAUACACAUUUCUUUCAUUCAUUCAUUCAUCUUCAGUAAGCACUUUGUCCUGGUCAGGGUUGCGGUGGAUCCUGGGAACACUGGGUGCAAGGUGAGAAUACAGCCUGGAUGGGGCGCCAGUCUAUUGCAAGAUUUGCACAUCGAAAUUAAUGUGAAAUUUAAAAAAUAUUAUGUCGUUUACUUUGAUUUGCACUUGGCAAUAAACUAAUUAGUUUUGUACAUAGUUCUUUUUUUUUUUUUUUAACAUUCUAAGGGAGGCCAGACAAAAUAAUGGCACACUGAAAUAAGAUAGAUUCAUCUUUAAUAGUGUCAUCAUUAUUAGUCAAAAAUUUAAAAUAGGCUCCAAAUGGUUUGUGUGUGUGAUUUUUUUUAUUAUCCAUUUCCCUAUUACAUCACGUUACUGCAAAUUAACAUGGGCCCUGGAACAGCAGUGAGAUUGGUCAUCCACAUCACCACUGUUGGGAAUACUGUGUGGCCUAAACACACAAAACAUCCAGCAUUUAUAAGGACAUUGCCUUGCUUUUGACAGUUGUGAGAAACCUACUGAAGAUAUGAUUCAUUAAAUGCAUUACUUCAUUUAAUUUUGUGGUGUUUAAUUGAAUUACAGUUAAUCAACUUCCUCAAUUAUGAAUGUUUUAUAUAGCACUCAAUAGACUAAUAACUAAAUUAACUAAUUAACUGAUUCUAAUUCUGCCAUCAUAGUAUUUCUGAAAACAGUGUAAAACAAGUGAUGAUAAAUCUCACCGUGUAUCUGUUUUCAAUCUUGGUGCUAUAUUGCUCUUUUAGAUGUUCACACUGGCAGGUGAUCCUUUUAUCAACCACUAGGGGUUCAAAAAGGCAAAAACACAACAUGUGGGUUUAUUUGGCUGUGAGACUGUCGGUUGUAGUAGUGAAGCUGUGUUUGAACAUACUCAAAGACAAUAAUCAGGCUGACUUUAAAGAAAGUGUGAUACAGUAGCCUCCAGAAUUAUUGAGAAAAAAAUUAACAGCAAACAUCAACAUUACACACAGUAAUAAACAUUUCCACUCACAGCAAUAGGAGAAACUAUUUAUAUCUGUUCAUUCUCAUUAGAAGUAAUUUUUAAUAAUAGCAUUGACACCCCUAAGGAAUAUUUUAAAUGCAAAUAUGCAAACAAAUUGUCAUGCUCUCAGUUCCCAGAGCUGUUGUUGUUGCCUUUACCUAUGUCCUGUUUCCCUGGGUUCCACAUGUAAAAUCCCUGUGAUCUAUCUUUAAGCUGGUUGGAAGCUUUGCAAAAUGACAUUGCAUUGACAAAAUGCACUGUCUGAACUUCCCCAAGCCUCAUUAGAAUUACAAUUAGCAUCAUGUGGUCAGAUGAGACCAAAUCAGACAUUUUGGUCAUGUACACCAUCCGUAUGUUUGGUGACAAAAGGGGACUGAAUACAAGGAAAGUACCUGAUACCCCAUUGUAAAAUAUGGAGGGGAUAAUUGUUGCUUUGAGACUGCUUUGUGGCUGGUGGUUCAGGGGAUCUUGUGAAGAUUGAUGGCUUCAUGAAUUCUGUUAAGUACCAGUAUAUUUCAAAUCAAAAACCUGGUUGCCUUCGACAGGAGGUUAAGACUUGGAAAUAGAGCUUCAGCAACGGCCAAACAUACAACAGCUUUCAGUCUCCACAUUUGAAUCCUCCUGAAAGCCUGUGGUCUAAAUGGAAAGUCCACAUGCACAAACCUAAGAAUAUAAAGGAGCUUAAAAUAUUCUGCAUGUCAGAGUGGACCAACAUCCCUCUACAAAUGUCUCCAAUCUUGUUAGACAUUACAGGAAGAUACUCAGAGUGCUAUUAUUCUCCCCAGGGCAGGCAUCACAAAGUAUUAAUUGUAAGGGUGCCUAUAAUUAUGAAACCAGUGUUUUGCAACAAAUAAAAAUGCACUAAUAUUUGUCUUAUUUUUGUUUGGAAAAACAUGUUUAAAUAAAACGAUACAAUACCCCUGUA